CUGUGCCGAGGGCGCGCAGGCCGCGAAGCCGGCGCUUUCAUGCCCCAGGAAGGGGCUGUGUCCGGGUGGCACUGAAGGUGGAGCAGGCGGCAGGAAAUACAGUAGCAACCAUGAUAGAAGAUAAAGGGCCAAGAGUGACUGACUACUUUGUUGUGGCAGGUCUCACUGACACAUCUACUCUUUUAGAUCAAGAACUAAAUCGUUUAGAUACUAAGUCAGCUGGGCCCAAAGCUCCCAUUACAGACAUUGCAGUUAUUAACAAAUCUGCUGGCGAAACAGUACCUGAAGGUUACACCUGUGUUGAAGCCACUCCAUCAGCUCUCCAAGCAAAUUUGAACUAUGGAAGUCUGAAAAGCCCAGAACUUUUCCUCUGUUACAAGAGAGCAAGAGAUAAACCACCCCUUACUGACAUUGGAGUUUUAUAUGAAGGGAAAGAAAGGCUUAUUCCUGGAUGUGAAGUGAUCCAAGCCACACCCUAUGGUCGCUGUGCCAAUGUCAACAAUAGUUCAACUACUUCACAAAGAAUCUUUAUCACUUAUCGAAGGGCUCCUUUAAUUCGACCCCAGAAUUCCUUGGCUGUAACUGAUAUCUGUGUUAUUGUAACCAGUAAAGGAGAAACCCCUCCUCAUACUUUCUGCAAAGUUGACAAAAACUUAAAUUGUGGAAUGUGGGGUUCCAGUGUAUUUCUGUGUUAUAAGAAGUCUGUGCCUGCUUCUAAUGCAAUAGCAUAUAAAGCUGGUUUAAUUUUUAGAUAUCCAGAAGAUGAUUAUGAGUCAUUUCCGCUGUCAGAAUCUGUACCUCUCUUCUGCCUUCCCAUGGGAGCUACUAUAGAAUGUUGGGAUCCUCAAACUAAAUACCCACUUCCAGUUUUUUCAACUUUUGUCCUGACAGGUUCUUCUGCUGAAAAGGUCUAUGGAGCUGCCAUCCAGUUUUAUGAACCUUAUUCUCGGGAACUUCUGACGGAGAAACAGCUUAUGCAGCUGGGCUUGUUGACCCCUGUGGAGAGAAAAGCGGUCUCCAAAUCCAUCAAUUCAAACAAAUGCAUUUGUUUACUCUCACACUGGCCUUUUUUUGAAGCUUUUAGAAAAUUUCUCAUGUUUAUCUACAAACUUUCUGUGUCUGGACCACACCCUCUUCCUAUUGAAAAGCACAUUUCACACUUCAUGCAAAACAUCCCUUUUCCCUCACCACAAAGACCAAGAAUCCUCGUACAGCUUUCAGUCCAUGAUGCGUUAAUAUUAUCACAGCCAGUUUCUACACCUUUACCACUAAGUGGAGCCAACUUUAGCACCUUGUUAAUGAAUCUGGGUCCUGAGAAUUGUGCGACCCUGCUGCUCUUUGUUUUACUUGAGAGUAAGAUUCUGCUGCAUUCUCUCAGGCCAGCUGUGUUGACUGGAGUAGCAGAAGCUGUCGUAGCCAUGAUCUUUCCAUUUCAGUGGCAGUGCCCAUAUAUUCCCCUUUGUCCUCUUUCUCUGGCGGCAGUCCUUAGUGCACCUUUACCAUUUAUAGUUGGAGUUGACUCGAGGUAUUUUGAUCUUCAUGACCCACCACAAGAUGUUGUAUGCAUUGACUUGGAUACAAACAUGUUGUAUAUAUCAGAUGAAAAGAAGAACAUGAACUGGAAGCAGCUUCCCAAAAAGCCAUGCAAAAAUCUGCUUAGUACCCUGAAGAAGUUGUAUCCUCAGCUGUCUUCAGUUCACCGAAAGACUCAAGAAGGUUCAGCGAUAGAGAUGACUCCAAUCGAAGCAGAUUUCUCCUGGCAAAAGAAAACAAUACAGCUUGAGAUGGAAAUUCAAGAGGCAUUUUUGCGUUUUAUGGCAUCUAUUUUAAAAGGAUAUAGAACAUAUCUCAGGCCAAUCACAGAGGCUCCUUCAAAUAAAGCCACAGCUGUUGAUUCAUUGUUUGACCGACAGGGAUUUUUAAAAAGUCGAGAUCGUACCUAUACAAAGUUCUAUACUCAUUUAUCCAAAACACAGAUAUUUAUUCGUUUCAUUGAAGAAUGUAGUUUUGUAAGUGAUAAAGAUACUGGAUUGGCAUUUUUUGAUGACUGCAUAGAAAAGCUGUUUCCUGAUAAAGGCACAGAGAAAACUGACAAGGUUGAUUGUGAUUCAGCCGAAGAUACCAGAUUGAUAGAGCUAGAUGAUUCCCAGAAGAGUGAGCACACGGUAUUCAUCAUGCCGCUGGAGCCGCCCCCUGAUGAUGGGAAGGAUCUGUCCCCGAAGUACAGUUACAAAUACUUUCCAAGACUGGACCUUAAACUUUUUGACAGACCACAGGAGUUGAAACUUUGUUUUAGUAGACACCCUACUGGGACUAGCAUUACAAACAGUCCAGCACUCAUGGCUAAGAGAACUAAACAGGAGAUCAGAACAGCUCAUAAGUUGGCAAAGCGAUGUUACACAAAUCCACCACAGUGGGCCAAGUGCCUCUUCAGUCACUGUUACAGCUUGUGGUUUAUCUGUCUCCCGGCCCACGUGAGAGUUUCUCACCCUAAGGUCAGAGCAUUGCAGCAGGCGUAUGAUGUUCUCAUUAAGAUGCGGAAAACAGACGUGGAUCCGCUCGAUGAGGUGUGCUAUCGAGUAGUCAUGCAGCUCUGUGGACUUUGGGGUCACCCUGUUUUAGCAGUGAGAGUCUUAUUUGAAAUGAAAACUGCUAAGAUAAAACCAAAUGCUAUUACUUAUGGUUAUUAUAAUAAGGUAGUUUUGGAGAGCCCAUGGCCUAGCAGUACCCGCAGUGGUAUCUUCUUAUGGACGAAGGUACGGAAUGUGGUACGUGGCUUGGCACAAUUUAGGCAGCCGCUUAAAAAGACCGUGCCAAAGUCACAGGUCUCCUCACUAUCAGCUCCUCCGAAUGCCACAGGUGGAAGUGAUGGGGACACGGUGAGCCACGGUAGCGUGGAUAGUUCUAAUGAUGCUAACAGUGGGGAGCACACAGUCUUCGUCAGAGAUUUAAUCAGGCUUGAUUCCACUGAUAAUCACUUUAGCACAGGCGGUCAGUCUGACCAAGGCUAUGGGUCUAAGGAUGAACUUAGGAAGGAUGAUGCGGAAAUUCACAUGCCCAAAGAACAAGCAGCAAGAGACGUGAUACCCAAAAUGAAAGUGCACACAGAAGAAGUGUGUGAUGUCUCUGCUGUUGGGGCAAAACAUUCCCAAGCUGGUACAGAGCCACAGAGUCCCACCGAGCCUCCUGCAUGGGGUGGCAGUAUUGUGAAAGUUCCGUCCGGGAUAUUUGACUUCACUGGCAGGAGGAGCAGCACUGGUAGUACAUCCAGUGUGCCGUUUGCUACUCAGGAUCCGGGUGAAGAGGCAGUCUUCGGUGAAGUUACUAACCCCAAGAAGAAUGGUGACAGAGGAGAUAAAAGACAAAAGCAUUUUCCAGAGAGGAGUUGUAGUUUCAGUUCUGAAAGUCGAGCGGGAAUGUUGCUUAAGAAGAGCAGCUUGGAUUUGAAUUCGAGUGAAGCGGCUAUUAUGAUGGGAGCAGAUGCCAAGAUUCUCACAGCAGCAUUGACCUGUCCUAAGACCUCUGCACUCCGAGCUGCAAGCACCCAUAGCUUUGACAGUGUUGGUUGUCAUCUGGGUGAUACCAGGACCCGAUUGUCUGAGAGCACUUGGGAUUCAGAGCACAGAUCUUCCUCAGUUUUAGAGAUGCUCGAGGAAAGCCAAGAGCUCCUGGAACCUGUGGUUGAUGACAGUGUAGCUCAGACUCCUGUGGAAAAGGAUGCAGGUGACAGUCUACACAGCGAUGGUGACAGUAAUCAGCCCAGAGACUCAAAAGUAGGAUCCAGAGAUGUCAUGAAUAAGAGAAGUAGUUUAUAUGGGGUUGUUAAAGCUGUUGAGAGGGAGGAUGUUGAAACUGGACUAGAUCCUUUGUCUCUUUUGGCCACUGAAGGUACAGGAGAAAAAACUCCAGAUUCCGAAGAUAAGGUGUCUUCCCCAGGCAUUGCACGUAAUUUGGCUGAUGAAAUCGAAAGCUAUAUGAACCUGAAGAGCCCCCUGGGCAGCAAGUCUUCCAGUAUGGAAUUACACGGAGAGGGAAGCAGAGAGUCUGGUCCAGCCAGUGCGUUUACUCGCCCUUUAGAGAGGAGAUCAAGCCUGCCUCUAGAGCAGGGUCCAGCAGCACAGGAAGAUCCCGAAAGUGAAAAGAGCUCCCCAGCAGAAUCCAGGUCUAAAACUCUCACCGGGCGUUUCAGGCAGCAGACGCCGUCUCGCAGCCAGAAAGAACGUUCAGCUUUAUCAGCCCUGGUGCGCUCUUCACCACAUGGCUCACUGGGUUCUGUGGUAAAUUCUUUGUCAGGGCUGAAGCUAGAUAAUAUACUCUCAGGACCCAAGAUAGAUGUCCUAAAAUCUGGUAUGAAACAAGCAGCAACAGUAGCUAGUAAGAUGUGGGUAGCCGUAGCGUCUGCCUACAGCUACUCGGAUGAUGAGGAGGAAACAAACAGAGAUUACAGCUUCCCAGCUGGCCUGGAAGACCAUAUUUUGGGGGAGAACGUGUCACCUAACAUGAAUAUUGCAGGGUUGGUUCCCAGUGAACUUACCCAGAGCAACACAAGCCUUGGCAGUAGCAGCAGCAGUGGAGAUGCAGGAAAACUGCAGUACUCAACAGGUGAACCUACAUUUCCAAGAAGCAUAAAAGGGCAGGACUGUGAAAAAUCAGAUCACGGUUCUUCUCAAAACACCAGCAUGUCUAGCAUCUAUCAGAAUUGUGCAAUGGAGGUUUUGAUGUCAAGUUGUUCCCAGUGCAGAGCUUGUAGCGCUUUAGUUUAUGAUGAAGAAAUUAUGGCUGGAUGGACGGCAGAUGACUCAAAUUUGAAUACCACCUGUCCAUUCUGUAAAAGCAACUUCUUGCCUCUUCUCAACAUAGAAUUUAAAGACUUGAGAGGCUCUGCAAGCUUUUUCCUGAAACCAAGUACCUCUGGUGACAGUUUACAAAGCGGCAGCAUUCCAUUGGCUAGUGAACCUUCAGAGCACAAACCUGUAUCUAGUUCAGCAGAACCUGACUUGAUCAACUUUAUGGAUUUCCCAAAGGAAAACCAGACCGUAACUGAAGAAACCAUCUCUGCAACUGAAUCAAGUGAUGAAAUAAAGAGAGCCAGUGGAGAAGUCCAAACUAUGAAAAUUUCACCUGCGCCUAAUAGUUUUUCAAAGCGAAAUGUAUCUUUGACUCGAAGUCACAGUGUUGGAGGUCCCUUGCAAAAUAUUGACUUUUCCCAGCGACCGUUUCAUGGCAUUUCAACAGUCAGUCUCCCAAACAGUCUGCAGGAAGUUGUGGAUCCUUUAGGAAAAAGACCCAAUCCUCCCCCUGUUUCUGUGCCGUACUUGAGUCCUCUAGUGCUUCGUAAAGAACUUGAAUCUUUGCUAGAAAAUGAAGGUGAUCAAGUGAUUCACACAUCCUCUUUCAUCAAUCAACAUCCGAUCAUUUUCUGGAACCUCGUUUGGUAUUUCAGACGUUUGGACCUUCCUAGUAACUUGCCAGGACUCAUCCUCACAUCUGAACACUGUAAUGGGGGUGUACAGCUUCCGCUGUCAUCUCUGUCCCAGGAUAGCAAACUUGUGUAUAUUCAGCUAUUAUGGGAUAAUAUCAACCUUCAUCAGGAGCCGGGCGAACCUUUGUACGUCUCAUGGAGGAAUUUUAAUUCUGAAAAGAAAUUAUCUCUCCUGUCAGAGGAACAAGAAGAAACAAGCACUUUAGUAGAAACCAUCAGGCAGAGUAUUCAACAUAAUGAUGUUCUUAAACCCAUCAACCUACUUUCACAGCUAAUAAAGCCAGACAUGAAAAGGCAAAGGAGUUUAUACCGAGAAAUCCUCUUCUUAUCAUUAGUAUCCCUUGGAAGAGAGAAUAUUGAUAUUGAGGCUUUUGACAAUGAAUAUGGACUUGCAUACAAUAAUCUAUCUUCAGAGAUUCUUGAAAAGCUGCAGAAAAUUGAUGCUCCACCAAGUAUCAGUAUGGAAUGGUGCAGGAAGUGUUUUGGAGCACCUCUCAUUUAAAUAAGAUGCUCAGUAGAUUUUCAGCAAAGCUUGAGGGAAUAGAUUCCGUUGGCAAACAUUCAAGGUUUAUUCAAAUGCUAACAAUUGAUGAAAGGGAAAUGAAGUUAACGCUUGGGACAACAUAUAAUGAAAUAUAAUUCAUACUGAAUCAUCUCGCAACAUAAAAAUGCCCCAGGGUUAGUUAUCUAAAAGGCUUGCGACUUCUGAAUGGUUCAUCUGCCUGUGCUUGAUCCAAAACGGUUUUUGGAUUUCUCAGUGUAUUUGUUUGAUAAUGCAAAACUAUUCAUUCUUGGCAUUUGUUUGUAUUUUAAGUUGUUGGUCUUGGGGAAUAGCAGUUUAAUGUAAACUUGCCUAACCCCCCCAAAAAUGAAAUCUCAAUUACAGGAGCAACUAUUUGUGUAUGUGUGUGUAUAUAUGUGUGGCUGUGUAGGGAUUUGUAUGUACAGCCAUAUUAUAUUUAUUAAAAUUCCUAGACUGCGUGUUGCAAUACAAUUUUCUGAAAGGGGUCUGCAACUAUUACAUGACUACUACUAAACUCAGCUGUAGUCAUUAAUCAAAACUGUUUUAAAGUCUGAGGGCAGCCAUGCCUUAGGUAUUCUCUUCCUUAGUGGAUUUUAAUAUCCAAGUUACUUUUCAUCCUCUUCCCAAUACCAUGUUAAUUUACAACAGCUUUAAGAUUGGAAUAAAGGAACCAAUCAUAGUUUAAAUGAAAUCAAACCAGCCUCAUAAUUUACAAAAUUGGAAUGUGCUUAAAAUUUUAUUUUUUUGACCUCAAAUUGUUCAGGUACAUCAAUUGUUGCUAUUGGUCACUUUUAAAAACCUGUGGGAUAAACUUGCACUGCACACAGAAUUUUAUUCUUGUAUAUUUAAUUUGUAUGCUUGUUAUUUGUGCAUUUGUAAAUAGUUUUUUAGGAUGGAUCGAUUAAGUCUUCUUAAAACGUUAAAGCUUAUUGAGCUUAUUGCCAGUAGGUUCAAGAAAAUCAUGACCUCACAUGCCUGACAUUUAUCAUGGCCUUUCGUUAAAAACCCUUAGCAACAAUUACGUUUGCCUUAACUCUGCAAGAUUUGAAAAAGCCACUGGUUGUGUGCUUUUACAGUAAUUAUGCAGAUGACUGAAUUAGUUGAUAUAAUUUCCAGGUGUCACAAAUCUCCCACCUGGUGUAAUCUUUUAGAACUUUUUACUAUACUAGUCUUUCAACAUUUCAGGGCUAAUCUAACCUAUGCAGAUUUUAUUUCAGUUUAUUAUGAAAUUGCUGAAAGAACUUGACAGAAAUUAUGUACAACUCAUUACCUUAAAAAUGGAUCAUUUGCACUAUCUCAGAAUACGUAUUUUUGCAAUUUAACACUUGGUACUUAACAUUUACUGUCCCAACAAAGUUUGUAAUUAUCUUACAUCUAAGCUUGAGGUUGAAUAAAAAUGGAAAAUUCUUGUUUGCUGUUUGCUUAAGGCUCCUGAAAUGUGUGCAGUUUUAACCUUUGUGAUUUUUAGAGUUCGAUAUUGUGUUUUUCCCCUUCUCUGUAGUCUUCAUUAACUUGAACUAAAUUACGUACCAAAGCACUUCCUACUAAGUUAAGGAGGAUCGCCUCACACAUUGAAGAUUUGGCUCUACCGUUCCAAAGUAUACAUUUCCUAGUAACUUUUUACAGCAUUCUAAAUAACUCACCAUUAUACAUUGGAAACCUUACCCUGCUUUCAUUUAGAAAUAGGGGUUGUUGUAUUAAAAGUGCACAAAGGCCUCUUUUAGUACCUGCCACAGAAAGGGGACCACUAAAAAUUUACUGCAAACAAAACUGUAAGGCCAGAUAAUGCAGUCAUUACCCACACAUUUAGAAAUAUCUAGAACGAUUGUAGCCAUGUAUUAAAUAAACUUAAAAAGCCUGAGAACUUAUGCAAACAAUCUUUCAAAUUAGUCCAGAUGUUUAGCAUUACUUAACUAGUUUUGGAUUUGAUAGUCAGGACUGUAUACCGGACUUGCCUUCUGGACUUUACCCCAACUGUGGUGUUUAUUCCUUUCUUUUAUGUUAUCACUUACAAAUGCUCCAUUUUCCCUUUCUGCCUUUUUAGUUUGACCUUAAUUUAUGGAACAUCAGUUGCCAAUUAAAAUUUUUCAUGUUGUUCAUCCUUUUUUAAUACCAUGUAUUAAGAGCAGCAUUAUCUCCCUCAGCUAGCUGGUUCAGUCUGAGGACUGGCAUUAUUGGCAUUAGCUGGGAACUUAUUAGUAACGUACAAUAUGGGGCCACAAAUCUUCUGAAUCACAAUCUGCAUUGUGCAAAGCACAGCUUCAGUCUCCAUGUUAAAGCAGUUUGAAAAUUUUACUUACCUGUGGUUAAAACAUGUAUUCCAGCAAAUAAGGAAUUCCCAUUCUUCACCCUUAAAGCCUGAUGUGCCUUUUUAAGAGCCUUCUAGUCUAUAAAGGAUACUUCUAACUGCAAUUACUAUACAGAAACUAGACAGGCUACAUUAGAAGUAUACUACUUUGUGCAUCCUUCACUGAUCUGUUUCUUAAAGACACAGUGUGAAACCAUAAAAUGCAUGAGUAACAAUUUACUAGAAUUGAAAAGCUUUUGUUAAUAUAAUUUGCACUGGUUUUAAAAGCUUUGUGAACUGUUUUAAAAUGUUAUCUGUUAACUAUGCUUUUAACAAGGUAUCUUUUUUACAUAUGACAAUGUCCAUCUUCUUAAGGGCACUUUUCAUGUAUUGUGUAUAGAUCUUUAAAACUGUACUCCUCAAAAUAAAGUGUACAAAAUAUUAA